UCUCUUCCUCUCCAUUCCUUUUGUCUCUCUCCUUUCCCUUUGUCCUCUUUUUACCGUCUCUUUGAGUCCUACUAGUCUAUUUAGAUCUCUCUCCACUCUUUCGGUGUUCUUCAAUCUUCUUCCUCCGGAGUCCAAACUCCAAAUUAAAGAGAGAUUAAGAAUACCUAGAUCUGAAGUGCAACACCUUUAGCAGAUCGAAGAGAGCAACAAGAUGCCUCUCACAGCUUCAAAGAGGUGGUGUCCCACACCAGAGCAGCUGAUGAUACUGGAGGAGCUCAACAGAAGAGAGAUUAGAACUCCCAACGCGUCCCAGAUACGAGACAUAACCUCCCACCUCUCUCUCUAUGGCAGGAUUGAAGGCAAGAAUGUCUUCUACUGGUUUCAGAACCACAAAGCCAGAGAUCGUCAGAAGCUCCGCAGGAAACUUUUCAACCGAAAACAACAACAUCUGCAGCAACACCAGACCCAACUUCAUCUUCUUCAUCAGAUUGAAUCUCCUUCUUCUGCUAGUACUGUUGUUUCUCUUCGUCAAACCCAGUUUCUUCCCCAGGGAAGAGAGUCAUCAAACAAAAUGAUGAUGGAUAGUUCAGCAAGGGUGGAAUUAAUGGAGAAACCCAACUCAGUAAGCCAUGAGGAGUGGAAGAGGAUGAUGGUGGUGAUGAACACUAGUAGUACUCCUUCCUGUAACUGUCCUCCCAAGACCCUGCAACUCUUCCCUGUUACAACCAAGGCUGAUCUUAAAGAUGAGGGCUUCAAAUCUGAGUACCAUUUCUCCUGCUUCACCACCUCGACCUCCAACUAUUAUUACACUGCAUGAGUGGAUCAGUCGUCACUGCAUGGCUCUGUCUUCUUCUCUAGUCUAUGGAUCUAUCCUUUUCAUUUCUAAGUAGGGCUGUACCAGUAUCUACGUUAGUGUUAUCAUCUUGGUUUCUGUAAUACUGUAAUGUCUUUAUGACGUGGUGGAUCAGAAAGAACUAUCUUGUUUAAUUAAGAAAGUAGCAUGGCUUUGUACUACUCCAAGGCAAGCACGAAGCAUUCAACAAUAUAUGCCACAUGCAUUAUGUUCCAA